AUGGUUAAUCAAUUAUUUAUAUAUAGAGCAGUCAUAGCAGGUAGUUUAGGUGUAGGUUACUUCAUCUAUAGAAAGAUGUUAUCAGCAACCAUGAUCAACCAUAAUCUACUCUUAAAUCAAGUCUAAACAAAUGAUCUAUACAACAGAAAUUAUGCAUAAGCAGCAAAUAAUGCAAUUAUUGCUGGUCAUAGUGUUAAUAGAUAAGAAGUCAUUAAUCAAAAAAAGAAGGUCCUUGUUAUUGGUGCUGGUAUCAUUGGAAUUGCCUAAUCAUUAAAAUUAUUAUCUGAAGGAUAUAGUGUGAUCUUAGUUGAUAAAGAUUAAGAUAUUGCUUAGUAAUCUAGUUAUUAUAAUGGAUGUGUCUAUGUACCAGAAUCAGUUAAAACCAUGAUUAAUCCUACAAAUAUGUGGACAUUGAUUAAGAAUAUUUUUAAGAAUCCAGAAGACACUACAUUAAGAUUUAAUAUAAAUGCUUUCUUUGAAAAAUAUUUCAUGAUUUGGAGCCUUAAUGCUUUAUUAAAAACUACAACUAAGUAACUUUCAAUUGAAUAUUAGUUCUAAAGUUCGUUCAUUAGUUGAACAUCAAUUAUAAAUGGGAAGAAUUAAUAUGAGUGAAAUUCAAAAAUUAUAAAAAACUACAAAUAUUUUAGAAGAUUAAUUCACUUGUAAGGAAUUAUUAGGUUUCUAUGAUUCAGAAACGAACAAAUAAUCAAUGAUGAAAACUUUAGAUCAAUUUAAUAUUAAGCAUUCUGAAAAGUAAAAAUUUUAAUCAGGUUAUGGUAAAGUAAUAGGAGAGAAAUUAUAACAUUGUCUUAGAUUUGAUAUUGGAAGUAAUAUGGAUACUAGAUAAUUAUGUGAAAGAAUAAUAGAUUAUUGUAUUGAUAAUUUUUCUGGCCAUUUUUAUAUAUCCACAAAUACAAAUGUUAAAGGAUUUGCAUUAGAUCCAAAAGGUUAUGUAAUAGGAGCAAUGACAAGCUAAGGCAUUAUUUUAGCUGAUUAUUUUGUUAUAGCAGGAGCUCAUAAGACUAAAUAUUUAACCGAUAAGUUAGGAAUUAGAGUUCCAAUUAUGCCAGUAAAAGGGUGGGCAUUAGGAAUUAAAAUACCUAAUGAUAAAUUUUUUAAAGAAUACACAUUUUUUACACCAUAAUAUUUUUCAACCUACAUUAAUAAUGAAAUUAGAUUAUCCUGUGGAGCUGAGAUUGGAUCAGAUUUCAGUAAAGAAUUACCAAGUGAAGAAUGGGGAGCAAAAAUGGGAUUGAAAUAUUUUAAUUAAGUAUUAUCUAAUUAGAUUUAUAGCAUUUUGGAUUCAAUAUUAAUAUGGAUGAUUGUUUUGUCAGACAUUGUUAUAGACCAAUAACACCUGAUGACAUUCCAAUCAUAAGUCAAGUGCCUGUUUUUAAUAAUGUAUUUAUUUCAGCUGGACAUGGUUCUAAAGGAAUGACUUAUUGUUUUGGAUCUGCUGAAAUUUUAUAUUAGAUUUUGAAUGGCAUUAAAGAAUAUCCAGAAUACAAUAUAAAUAGAUUUUACUUAGUUUGA